GGCGCGAGGAGGGCGGGCGCGCAGGGGAAGGCAGCGCUGAGGGAGGAGAGCGGCCGCGCAGCUCGCUGAGGAAGAGGGAUCAGACGGGAAUCUCUUAAUUUAUUGCUGCUGGGUGUUCUGUCUGGUGAAAGUCAUGUCAUCCAUAUUGCCAUUCACUCCACCAGUUGUGAAGAGACUUCUGGGGUGGAAAAAAUCUGCUGGUGGCUCUGGAGGGGCUGGUGGUGGUGAGCAGAAUGGUCAGGAGGAAAAGUGGUGUGAAAAAGCAGUGAAAAGCUUGGUCAAGAAGCUAAAGAAAACAGGACAGCUGGAUGAGCUUGAGAAGGCAAUUACCACUCAGAAUUGCAAUACAAAAUGUGUGACAAUACCAAGCACUUGCUCUGAAAUUUGGGGACUGAGUACACCAAACACGAUAGAUCAGUGGGAUACAACAGGCCUUUACAGCUUCUCUGAACAAACCAGAUCUCUCGAUGGCCGUCUACAGGUAUCUCAUCGUAAAGGAUUACCGCAUGUUAUUUACUGUCGGUUGUGGCGCUGGCCAGAUCUUCACAGUCACCAUGAACUUAAAGCAAUUGAAAACUGUGAAUAUGCUUUUAAUCUUAAAAAGGAUGAAGUAUGUGUAAACCCUUACCACUACCAGAGAGUGGAGACACCAGUCUUGCCUCCUGUACUAGUGCCACGGCACACUGAGAUUCUAACGGAGCUUCCACCUCUUGAUGACUAUACCCAUUCCAUUCCUGAAAACACUAACUUCCCAGCUGGAAUUGAACCACAGAGCAAUUACAUACCAGAAACACCACCUCCAGGAUAUAUCAGCGAAGAUGGAGAAACAAGUGACCAGCAGUUGAACCAAAGCAUGGAUACAGGAUCUCCAGCAGAGCUGUCUCCUAGUACUCUCUCCCCAGUUAAUCAUAGCCUGGACUUGCAACCAGUUACUUACUCGGAGCCUGCAUUUUGGUGUUCAAUAGCAUAUUAUGAAUUGAAUCAAAGAGUGGGAGAAACCUUCCAUGCAUCACAGCCUUCCCUGACCGUAGAUGGCUUUACAGAUCCAUCAAAUUCAGAACGAUUUUGUCUAGGUCUGCUUUCCAAUGUAAACAGAAAUGCUACAGUGGAAAUGACAAGGCGACACAUAGGAAGAGGAGUACGUCUCUAUUACAUUGGUGGAGAAGUUUUUGCUGAGUGCCUAAGCGAUAGCGCGAUUUUUGUUCAGAGCCCCAACUGUAAUCAAAGAUAUGGCUGGCAUCCUGCAACUGUGUGUAAAAUUCCACCAGGAUGCAAUCUAAAAAUCUUUAAUAACCAAGAAUUUGCUGCUCUUCUGGCUCAAUCUGUGAAUCAGGGUUUUGAAGCAGUUUAUCAGCUUACUAGAAUGUGUACCAUAAGAAUGAGUUUUGUUAAAGGAUGGGGAGCUGAAUACAGGCGGCAAACAGUAACAAGCACUCCUUGUUGGAUUGAACUUCAUCUGAAUGGACCUCUACAAUGGUUGGACAAAGUAUUGACUCAGAUGGGCUCCCCUUCAGUACGCUGCUCCAGCAUGUCGUAAAACUCCUUCCUCCGUUACCAGUGGGCUAAAUACAGAGUCCAAUCAACAGACUUAAUAUAACAUCUCGUCUGUCGUAGUAUUUGUGUGUGGUCCCCAUGAACUGUUUACUAUCCAAAAAGGUUUUUAAAAAAAGAAAGAAAAACAGCACUUGAGGUCUCAUCAAUUAAAGCACCUUGUGGAUUCUGUUUCCUAUACUCUGAUACUAGAUGAAAAUUUAGUGUAUAGAAAUGCCUUCUUCAGAACGAAGAAGGGACAGUUCUAAAGACUCUUAAUGGUGUUUUUAUUGGGUAUAUAAUUGAGUGUCCUAAUGGUUUAUCAAUAACAUGAAUAGCUAAGUAUAUGUACAGGUAAUGUAUCAUGAUCUCAAAUAUCACAGUAUUGUGCUGUUCUACAUUUUAGUUCCCAUAAAUAGUUGUUUGUUUUUUUGAUUGGGGCAAAUCACUCAUAAAAUUCCAAGACUCUACUCCUUUAUUCUUUUGUAUUUUUUUAUAUAAGCAGGUUUUCGAGUUGUCCUAAACAUAACAAGCAGACUUUCCUUGUAGAAAAGCUUAACUUUUUGCUGCCUUCUUAAAGAAAAUCCCUCCAUUGGAAGGGAAAGAAAUGUCUUGAGAUUCAUCUGUGAAAUCUUAAGACACUUUAUAUACCUAAUGGGGCCUAAAAUGAAUUCAUAUUAUAAAUUCUGAGUAUCCAUCACACUAGGAGUCUACUUUUCCCUACCCAUCUGAGUUGAUGCAUCUGUUGCCAGGAGUAUUGCUGGCAUUGAUUUAGUUUGGGACAUUUUUUGUACCUUGAAUCAUUGAUAUCAGUGAUUUUUCUCAUGGAAUGAGAAUCUACUGUAGCAUUGGAUACUGGAUUAAGUACACAAGGUUAUUGGCUUACCCCUUACAUCUCUAUUUUUUCACUAAACAGAUGUCACUAAAAAUCAUGGGGUUUAGUUUUUGGAGCCAAAUACCUUGAAAAAUCCUUUCCCAGGGUAAACUAGACUCUUUCUUACAGGUUUUAAGUAGAUGCAGCUUCCUAACAUAUUUCAGUAACAAUUUAAAUUUCUGAUCUGAGUGGCUUUGUAUAGCUUACUUGCAUACCAGAUCAUACGCAUUCAUUAUGUCAUAAUGGGCCUUGUUAUUAAAAGUAGUUGCUUCUGCAAAACCUCUAGGAUAGUGGUCGCUGAGGUAUGACCAGCGAAGGAGGACUUCUAGGUUCUUCGUGACAGUGCAUGUUAUUGUGAACCCUUGGACACUACAGCUGCACCAUAUUAAAAAUAUUCUGAAAUAUAUUCUAAAAAUAAGUCUGGGUUGGGGAAGGGUUGGGAAACUGUAUAGAAGGGUUAUUCUGACUUGAAAAAUAUACAUCUUACUAACAAUCUUGUGAUCUAGCUGUCUGUCAUUCUUUUGUUAUUGUGGCAGUAGCAGGAUUGCCUUUGUCUGUUUUUCCCAUUGUUUCAUCCAUUACACUAGUACUGUACUUUGUAAGUACAGCUAGUGAUCUUAGCUUUGAGAACAAAAAUGUGGCCAGUGUUACAGCUUUUAAUCGGUUGACUGAAUUGAUGAUAGUGAUGGAUAUUUUUAUGCCAUAAUGACUAGGGCAUAGAAGCAAUACCAAAAAUCAAGCCUUGAAAAAGCGGGCCAGACACCUUUAAAAAAUUGGCAAAGCAGUUACCAGUUUGUGCUAGUUUUACCAGUAGACUAAUGUAUUGGUAGAACUUGUGAACCUAAGAAAUAAGCUUCAUGCGUGUUGCAUUUGCCUAAUAUGUGAAUACACUAAUAAAAGUUUUAAUUCUCA